GCGUCAUGAAACUUGGUGGCACUGUUUAAAUGCUGGCUAAAUUUUCAUCAAAACGCAAUUUUUCAUGAAAACGUAAUUAACGAGAAGCAUAAAUUUCCAUUAAAUAAAAUUCAAUAAACUUUGAUAUUCUCAUAAAAUAAAGUUUCCACACGUUGUGGAUGCAAUCGCGCAUCAACAGUGUACAAAAAAUAAGCAAGGCCAAAGGAGUUUUGACGUCGUCCUCAAAGCAGCAUAAGUAGACACAGAAGACAUUAUAUCCGUUUCCUUUGUAUGAGCAAUAUUUGAUUUUGACUGCGCGACUCAGUUUUGAAAACCUUUGAGUGUUUGUUUGUGUGUGCGAGUUCAGUUUGUGAACAAAGACAACCAAGGACAUCUUUGUUUCUUAGCAAAAGCAGAAAAAACAAUAACAAACAAGAACAACAACAACCACCACUAAACACAACAAUGAGUACUGCAGCUUUAACAACAGCUACGGCAGCUUUGUCUUUAGAACCAUCAAGUUCAAGUGAUGCUGCUGCUGCUUACCCAGUCACCACCACCACCUCAACAGCAUUUUCAACAAAUCCGAUGGCUGGCGAGACUGCUGAAUUACAUGUCAAUGCCUCUACUUCAUCUUCUACUUCACACCUGCCUUUAAAUCCCGCCAUUUGUCGCUAUUUUCAACGUGGUAUUUGCCGUUUCGGGUCAAUGUGCCGUUUUUCGCAUGACUUAACCGGUGGUGAAAUCAUAAGCAAUUCAACAACAACUACGACUGGUUCCGCCAUGCCUCAUGAACGUCCCAGCACUAGCCGUCACAAUUGGGCCAAUGCUCCCGUCUUUAUACCCAAAGCAGAUCACACUGGCGGCGAAGUAUUGCAAACAGAAAUGGAACGUUCUUGGGCUGAUGUAGUGGGUGCCACUGCCUCGCGUGCUUUGGCCGGAACAAUUCUAAAUGUUAAUGAGUCUUCAUCAAUAAAUGAAAUUUGCCCCUUUGAAGGCACUUGCCCCUAUGGCAUGUACUGUGCCUAUGCCAUUCACUUAGAACUUUGCGAAAUGUGUGAUCAAUUUUGCCUCCAUCCCACAGACGAAACACAGCGUAAAAAACAUAAAAAAGAAUGUCUGCAGCAACACGAACAGGCCAUGGAGUUGUCAUUCGCAAUAGCACGAUCAAAAGAUAAAACCUGUGGCAUUUGUUUCGACACCAUCAUGGAGAAGGCCGGCCGCGAGAAACGUUUUGGCAUACUGCCCAAUUGCAAUCAUAUCUUUUGUUUAGAAUGUAUACGUAAAUGGCGCCAGGCUAAACAAUUCGAACACAAAAUUACCAGAUCUUGUCCAGAAUGUCGUGUAGCAUCAGAUUUUGUUUGUCCCAGUGCCUUUUGGGUAGAAACAAAAGAGGAAAAGGACAAACUUUUAGGUGAUUAUCGUAAAGCACUUGGUAUCAAAGACUGCAAGUACUUUAAAAAGGGUGAUGGCAAAUGUCCCUUUGGCAAUAAAUGUUUCUAUAAACAUGCCUUACCCAAUGGGGAUUUGGUUGAUGUUGGCUGUCCCAAAAAGGCUCGUAAAUUACAUCGCAGUAAUAAUGAAAUUAUGAAUUUACUUGAUAUCUAUCUGUAUGAAUUUCUUGAUCAACGUGAACUCAAUUUCUAUGAUUAUAUUACAAGCACAAGUGAUGAAAGUGAUGAUGAUGAUGAGGAUGAUGAUGAAUAAAUCAUAUAUUAAUAAAAUUAUUUAAAAAACAAGGUUUUUAUGCAAAACUCUCACACAAAAAAACAAAUACUACCUUAACAAUAUACAAAAAUACGCAAACACACACUAACAGUUACAUUACAAAAAAAAUUGAAGAAAAAAAAAUCAUUAUAUUCAAAAAGAAAAAGUAUUCAAAGUAAACGAAAAAAUAACCAAAAAAUACCAGCUAAAGAAUAGUAAACAAACAAAAAAUAUUUAUUGAAAAAAACAAAGAGUACGAAAAAAACUGCGAAAUUAAAGCCCUUUGCUUGUGAAGUUGUAAUAACAAAAAAAAAAAAAAAAACACAAGUAACUUAAUUACUCUAAAAACAAAAAGAAAUAUAUAAACUGAAAAUUAUAAAUUUUAAAACAACUCUUUGAAACAGUAAUUGUGAACUCUUUCUGACCCUGCCCUCUCUCUCUCAAAUCACUACUCAUACACUUAUAAGCCCUUUAAAUAAAAAAAAAUCCUUAAAAAAUCCACUUAAUGCAACGAAGUUUUUAAAGAAAUAUUAAAUUAAUAAAACCUAUAUUAGAAAAUUAAUCCAUCAGCCCCCUCCCACUUUUUCUUAUGAAUUUAUAAAAUGUUUUAGUUAGUUUUUUUCAAAUACCUUAUAGUGUUCCAAGUUUAGCCAACAUUAAACAUUUAUUGCUUUAUUCAAAUUUUUAAUUAUCAUUAUAUUUUUUCGUUUUACAUUUAGUAAUUUGUUAUUUCUUUAUUAUUUUUUUUACUGUAAAAGGAAUUUUCUUUAAAACACUUGAAUUUGUUUUUGUUUGAUGUUGUUGAGAAAUAUGUAUUUGGCUUGUUGGUAUAUUUGUAACAAAUGCAAAAGAAUUUUUCUGAAAAAUAUAUUGCAAAUGAAAACAAAAAGAAUUUUUUUUACAAAAUACCCUAAAUUUUUUUAAAUAUAAAAAGAUUAAGAGUAAGAAAGAUUAAUCUUUUUGAAUACUCAGUAAUUUGAUUCGAAAAAAAAACAAAAGAAUUUCAAACUUUUUAAUUUUCGAUUCUAGUUACAGAAUAAUCUCACUGUUUUUGAAUAAAAUUUUGGUAUUAUAAAUUUUAUGGAAUAAAAAAAAAAAUAUUUCAAAAACUAAGUUUUUUUCCUUUCAAUCUCAUUCGAACGACCUAGAUCAAUUGAUAUGAACAAUAGAGAUGGAAUGGAUAUAAAAACUAACAGAUUAAAGCUGCAGCCGCGAAUAAUGGAAGGUCAAGACAAUUUUUAAUAUGAUUUUGAACUCCUAUGACCUUUCGUAGGCGUUGUAAAUGACUUUUUAAUAUUCUUCCUUGGAUUUGUAGCAAUCUUGAUUGGAACGACCAAAAAAUAUGAAAAAUUUUUAAUUUUUUUUUAAUUUUGAAAAUACAAUCUUUUGUAAUUGAAUGAGGUCAAGACAAUUUUUAAUAGUGUUUCAAACUUCUAUAUAGAGUUGUCAAUUUGUCAACUUAUGACCUUAGUAGUCGUUACAAAUGACUUGGAUUUGAAAAACCAAUUGAUUGGAACGACCAAAAAAUGCUAAAAAGUUUGAACCAACUUUUUUCAUUUUAAAAAGAAAAUCUAUUUUAAUUGAAUGAUCUCAGCUUGAAAUAAGCUAAAUAAUAAAAAUUUUUACAAAAUUCCCUUUUAGUGGAAUUUACUUAUAAAAUAUAACCCUGUUAUUACUCUGAAAAGAGGAGAAUGUAAAAUUAUUUUGCCUCCAAUUAUAAGAACAGUUGAUUCUGUUACCCUUUGCCCUAUUUAAAAUACUUUUCUGGAAAAAGAAAACUCUGUGAACGUAUAACAAGUUCUUUUCCGAAAAAAGUUGCCUUAAUUUUUUACAACUUAAGAAUGUUGCCUUUUUUUUACAAGUAUAAAAGGUAAUGAUAAAUUUUGUGUUCUUUAUGAAUUUAGUAAUAAAAUUGCUGAUAUAGGAAGCAGCUGUUAAAUUGUUAUAUUGUGAUCAUCAAAAGGUAAUAUUUUGUUAGAAUGAUGGCCUUUUUAUAAAUAAUUCUUUUUCUAGAUUAAAAGUUUAUUUAUGUUGUCAAUAAUCAAUGAAUUUUAGGAAAAUCUUAAACAUUUUUAAAACUUUUCUUUAACAAUUUUACGAUCAUAUUAAAUGUUAGUAAAAAUAUGCUUUAUUUACUGCAAUGCGAUUACUUGAAUCCACAUUUGCCAAUGUUUUCUACAACUCCUUAAUCUUGUCCAGUUUUUUAUAUUCCAAUGGUUUUUUUUUAAAAAAAAAACUCCGAAUAUCUUGCCUAGAUUUUUUAUAUUCCUCCUGUUAAGGUCUUCCCUUAAGUUUGAUUGAUUUAGUUUGUGAAAAAAAUAUUGUCGCUGACUUAUGAAUUAUCCUCAGUAGAUUUCAAAUUAAAACAAUUCCCUAGACCAUGUGCUAGACUAAGGCUUUCAUGUAUGUGAUCGAAAUCGAGUGAUUUAAAAACGAUAUUGAUAAAAAUGAUAAUAACAAUUAAUUUAGUCAACAAAUGUGAUAAAACAAUAAAUCAAAUUGAAUGUUUUAAAAGAUCUCAAAACGAAAGUAUUAAAUUCAUGCCAAGUCUUUUCGGUUUCAAAACGAUUCCUUUUCAAUAUCGAUUUCGCUCACAUGCCUGAUUAUUUUAAUAAUUUUUGGGGAAUAUAUACUUAUGGAGAUUUCGAAAUUUUUAGCUUAUCCUCAAUUUAAUAUUUAUUGCCGAAUUUUCAUUUGUUUCAUUGAAUUUUGAAACAUAUUGAAGAUUCUACUUUAAAUUAAUUUUGGUAAAACAUUUUUAAACUUUAUUCGUUUUUUGAACUAGAUUCUCCACAAUGUUUAGCUUAAAUUUUAAUUUAAACUUUUUCAAAAAUGUCCUUGACUAUGUCAAUUAUAGUUUCAAUGCGAAAUUUUUAAAAUUGUUAUUUAGAUUUCUAAAUUUGCAGCCAUUUUUUUUAUUGUAAUAAAAUUCGAAGGAAGUUCGGUUUAUAAAUACAACUUUUCUUUUAUUUUAGUUCAAAAAUGUUAAAGUUUUUGUUUGUUGUAUUAGUUUAGGAAUUGAAGUUGAAAACAGUUGAAUGUCUGUGUUUAUUUAGUGAAUUCUUAGGCGGUUUGUGAUCUCCAAAAUUAUAUUAGAUUGAAGCUAGGUUGAAUCGUCCUUGAGUUAAAGCCAAAUACUUUACAUAAUUUCAAGUAUUUUAAAUAAAAUUCCUUUUAUUUUUUUAUUAUAAUCAAUCAAAAUGUUUCUCUAUAAAUUUUUGUUGUAUUUCAGUUUUAUAUAAGUUCUAUUUUUAUUUAAUUUUGUCUUAAAAUUUGUUUAAUGUUAAUUUAUAAUUAUAAAAUCUCUAUAAAUGUAUACAACAAAAAAAAAACAUUUCCAAAGCCAAAAUAUUGAAAUUAUAGAAAAUUAUUUUUUAUUUAAAAUUCUUUAAUUGUUCAAUCAAUGUAAUUAAAUAAUUUUUGUUCUUACCAAAAACAUUUUUUAAGCUCGAAUCUCUUUAAAUAAUAAUAAUAGUAAUUACUUCACUAAAGUCUUCUUAUUUAAAUGAAUUCUGCUAUGAUUUUCUUUUAAUUGUUAUUUUCAAGUAAGAGUUUGUUUAAACGUUUAUGUUUUUCCUAUUUAAUUUUCCAAUAUUUUUUUAUUUGUUAUUUAUAUAUUGUAGUAUCACAAAUAAUUAAUGUAAAAUAAACUUUUAAUUAUAAACAAAAAAAAAAAACAAAACAAAACAAAUAAAUAUAUAUAUAAAUUUAAACAAAAAACAUCAUACCAAUCAACAAACUAAAUGCUAACAUUUCAAAAUACCUCCAAAAUAAAAAAACAAAAUAAUGAACCUAAAUGUGUACUAAAACAAAACAAUUUAAAAUACAAAUUUGUUAAAUUUACUUUAUUAUAUUAUAAAAAAUCAACAAAAUCAAUACUUACAUAUAUAGUAAUCUUAAUUAUUAGUUUUUUUUUAAAUAAUUUUUAUUUUUUUUUAGUAAUUAUGAAAUAUAUUAUUAUAUACUAAAAAAAAAAGAAAACAAAACAAAGAAACAAAUUAUUAUCUAAAACGUCAAAGAAAAGUUUUUAAAAUAUUUUUAAAACAGUGUUUAGGCUUAGCUUUAUGAUAAUAUUAUAUUAUUAUUAUAAAAAUUACAAACAAAAAAAAACAAAACAAAACUAUAUAAACUAAUUAAAAAUUUAUAAUUAUGUAUGUAUAAUGUAUACCACAAACUUACCUCCUUUGAAAAUUUGUUGAGAUCCUUUUAAUAAUUUUUUUUUACACUCAGACACCAAUUACUUGACAAGGCUUUAAGGAAAAAACAAACAAAAUAUGUGUAUAAUUAAUACUUUAUUAAUAUGUAGUUAAGACUUAAGAUUUAAUCAAAGAAACUAAAAAAACUGAAAUUUGUUAAACAUAACUUUUAUUAAGACUUGGUUGGGAUUGAAUUAUUUUACUAAAAUUCAUUGUUAUACAGAUUAUACAGAUACUAAUCUAUCGUUCAGAGUGUAGACUAGACUAUUUAUAUAGACAAAUGUAUGGCUGACAUAAAUUUCUAUAAAAAAUUUAUGGCUGACAUAAAUUUCUAUAGAAAAAUUAUGGCUGACAUAAAUUUCUAUAGAAAAAUUUAUGGCUGACAUAAAUUUCUAUAGAAAAAUUUAUGGCUGACAUAAAUUUCUAUAGAAAAAUUUAUGGCUGACAUAAAUUUCUAUAGAAAAAUUUAUGGCUGACAUAAAUUUCUAUAGAAAAAUUUAUGGCUGACAUAAAUUUCUAUAGAAAAAUUUAUGGCUGACAUAAAUUUCUAUAGAAAAAUUUAUGGCUGACAUAAAUUUCUAUAGAAAAAUUUAUGGCUGACAUAAAUUUCAAUAGAAAAAUUUAUGGCUGACAUAAAUUUCAAUUGAAAAAUUUAUGACUGACAUAAAUUUCUAUAGAAAAAUUUAUGGUUGACAUGAUUUUCUAAGAAAUAUUUAUGUCUGACAUAAAUUUCUAUAGACAAAUUUAUGGCUGACAUAAAUUUCUAUAGAAAAAUUUAUGGCUGACAUAAAUUUCUAUAGAAAAAUUUAUGUCUUAUAAAUUUCUAUAGAAAAAUUUAUGGCUGACAUAAAUUUCUAUAGAAAAAUUUAUGGCAGACAUAAAUUUCUAUAGAAAAAUUUAUGGCAGACAUAAAUUUCUAUAGAAAAAUUUAUGGCAGACAUAAAUUUCUAUAGAAAAAUUUAUGGCAGACAUACAUUUUUACAGAAAAAUUUAUGGCUGACAUAAAUGUCAAUAGAAAAAUUAAUGGCUGACAUAAAUGUCAAUAGAAAAAUUUAUGGCUGACAUAAAUUUUUAUAGAAAUAUUUAUGGCUAACAAAAAUUUCUAUAGAAAAAUUUAUGGUUGACUUAAUUUUCUAUAGAAACAUUUGUUGCUGACAUAAAUUUCUAUAGAAAAAUUUAUGGCUGACAUAAAUUUAUAUAGAAUCAUUUAUGGCUGACAAAAAUUUCUAUAGAAAAAUUUAUGGUUGACCUAAUUUUCUAAUAAAUAUUUAUGGCUGACAGAAAUUUCUAUAGAAAAAUGUAUGUCAAAGGACACAUCUAUGGUUCAGAAUACAUAAUGAAGACUGAAGAUUAGUCUGCACAGAUUUUUAAAAAAUUUCCUUUUUAUAAAUUUGUUUAAUCUUUCUAUAUCACUGCUAUCUAACCAAGUCUCAAAAUCCCAAAACGAUUUCAGUUGUAUUUUUACCUAGUUGUAUUUUUUUUAAAUGACGUUUAGUUCAGGUGUAGAUUUUUAUAACUUUGGUAUUGGUUUAAUUUGUUUUAAUUGUAAAGGAAUUUUUAGGUAAUUUUUAAUUUUAUCAAAAAAGUAGAGGAUAAGUUUCAAAAAAUUAUAUGAAAAAUUAGAUUUGAUUUGAAAUUUUAUUUAAAUAAAAGAUUGAAAAUUUAUUAGAAUUUAAUUUGAUAUUAAUUUUUUUAUAACUUCUUUGUUUAAAUUUUGUUUUUAAUUUUCAAUCUUUUAUAUAUAUUUCAGUGAUAUUACAGUUUUUAUAAAUUCUGUUUAAAUUUUUAGAUUUUUUUUAUAAAAAUUUUGAAAUUUCCUUUAAGUAUUUUUUUUUUAUAUUAUUAUUUUUAAGUAAGUGCCAUUUUUUCAAAAUUUUAUUUAAAAAUUAAGCUAUUUUUUAUUUGAAAAACCAAUUAAACUUUUUCUUUAUUUUUUUAAGUUUAUAAUGUUUAUGCAAAAGAAAAACCAAAAUUAAUCAAAAACUAAUUCAACAAAUUCAAAACAAAAUAAUCAACAUAGAAAACUUCAUACUGAUAAAUAUAUGCUAAUUAAAACUUGAAAAUGCAAAACAAAUACAUAAAUAUUUGAAACGAAACAAAACAAAAAAAAACUUACAAAUUUUAUAAACUAAUAAUUAUAACUAUGAUAAUAUUAAACAACAAGAAAAAAACAUAACAAAGUAGUAUAAUUAUUAAAACUAACCACCCAAAUAAAACACUAAAACUUAAGUAUAAAACAAAACAAACCAACAUGUAGUAGGGACUAAAAAUAUUUAAAAAUACAACUUUUAAUAACUUAAUAAUUAAAUAAUUUGCAUAACCCACAAUAAAGACUUCUUUUUAUCUUUUUAAUUUAAUUUAACAAUAAUUAGACAAAACCAUAAAAUACUUAACUAAUUCUACAAACUAUUUCUUAAUUAAUUAAUAAAAAAUAUAUGAAAACAAAACAACCAACCAACAGCCUUUCAAACUAAAUAGUAAAUAUAUUAAUACACUUUGUCUAUAUAAUUUUUAAAAAAAUGUUUAGUUUAAAUUUUUUUAUUAAAAACUGUGACUAACGAUUUAUUCAAUUAAAUAAAAUGUAAUCAUGUACUCUGUAUGUAUUUGAAAUUUAAAUAGCUUCCUUUUGUAAAACUGUUACUAUAUACAUAUUAUAUUUUUUAUAAUAAUAUUUGUUUUUAUUUUAAGUUUCCAUUAUUAUGAUUUUUUUUUAAAUAUUUUUUUUUAUAAAAUAAUUUUUAGUUCAAUUUUCCUGAGAAAAUCUAAAAAAACACAACAAAAGCGACAAGGAAAGUUUCAGUUAAAAAAAAAGAAAUUAACACAAUUCUGCAAGGAUUUUAAGGUUUUAAGUUAAAAUCUGUCAAAACAUUUUCGAAUUUCCAUGUAAAGGGAUUUUCAUUGAAUUCAUUGAAUUUAAAUAAAACAAACUGUUUUAUUUAAGCUUUUUUAUUCGUUUGAAAGGCCUAUCAAUGUCAGUAUGUCUGGAGUAUAACAUCUUGCAAAGGUCCGCCACUGUUUAGCUGAGUGGCGAACAUCUGAAAUGUCAAAUUUUCCAUGACUCUGGCGAAUAAAUCAUGUUGAAUUCGAUCGAUGGUGGCAUGGGUUAGAUUGGCUUUGAGAUACACUGUGGUUUGUGGCUUAUUCGCAUAUACCUGAGACUUACGAAAGCCACAUUUGAGAUAAUGGCAUUCAAUAUCGUGCAAGAUCGUACGAUUGGCAGAAUAUCAAUUCGUCAGCUUAUCGUUUUUGGCCCCUGACUCUUUGUGACGGCCCAAGUGAAAAUCUAUUACUUUAGAUUGCAGAUGUGCUAAUUUCUGAACUAUCGAAUCAAUGCCUUUUUUAGGAAUAGCAAUUGGCUACUCACGCCAGACACGGGAAUAUCCACGGGGUGAGCUAGUAUCCAUCAAAUGACUUUUCCUAUUCUGACCUUCUCUAUAUUUCUUUUACUCGUUUACUCUAUCUGAUUCUCCUCUUCUCUUUUCAUCUUUAUCUGGCGCUCUUUUAUUUAUUUUUCAGGUAACCCAAAGCGACCUUUUGUAGGGGCCUAAGUGAGCUGUUCAUUUUACUGUUCUUUUUUUGACGGCUGUCUGUUAACCUAACCUAAACUAUAAUCUUCAAUAUAAUCUCCUAGUUUAAAUAUAGCUACGUUUCAUCUUCAACUUUGAUCUCUUCAACUCUUCCAUUUGAAGCUUAAAUAGUGCAAACAUUUCACCUUAAAAAUUGUUUUAAAAUCUGCUCAAUUUGAGAUUCAUGUAUGACCUUAAGUUACAAUUGAACUUUAAUUUGUAUUGAAUGUACAGCCUUCAUAAAUCUUCAACUUUGAUCUCUUCAAUUUGAGGCUUAAAUAGAGCAAAAAUUUUACCUUAAAAAUUGUUUUAAAAUCUGCCCAAUUUGAGAUUCAUGUUUGACCUUAAUUAACUUACAAUUGAACUUUAAUUUGUAUUGAAAAUACAGUCUUAAAAAAUCUUCAAAUUUGAUCUCUUCAACUCUUCAAUUUGAAGCAUAAAUAGAGCAAACAUUUUACCUUAAAAAUUGUUUUAAAAUCUGUCCAAUUUGAGAUUCAUGUUUGACCUUAAUUAACUUACAAUUGAACUUUAAUUUGUAUUGAAAAUACAGUCUUAAAAAAUCUUCAAAUUUGAUCUCUUCAACUCUUCAAUUUGAGGCUUAAAUAGAGCAAACAUUUUACCUUAAAAAUUGUUUUAAAAUCUGUCCAAUUUGAGAUUCAUGUUUGACCUUAAUUAAGUCACAAUUGAACUUUAAAUUGUGUUGAAAAUACAGUCUUAAUAAAUCUUCAACUUUGACCUUUCAAAUACAGCGACAAACGAUCUUCAACAACAAUCUUUCAAUGUCUUUAAUUAUAUACUUUAACCUUAAUUAAUCUGUGAUCAAAUUUGGAUUAUAAUACAAUAGGAACAGUUGAUUCUUUAAUGAUAAAAAGGCACUUGUUUGAAAAAAACUCCUCAUCCGGAAUCUUGUAAGAACGAAACUUCUCCUCUUAACCGCUAUUGUUGUGUUUAAUAUACUGAUUAAAAAUUAAUCGAAAAUCGAUAUAUAAUGUAAAACAUAGUGAUAUAAACAAGACAAGAAAAUAAAAUUUAAAAUAUAUGUAUAAAAAGAAAAAUACUUUUUUUGUUUUGAGAAAAAAAAACAAUUUAAAAAAUAUGUGAUCUUAAAGUUUAUUAUUAAAAAUAAUUAAAAAAAAAAACAAAACACAAACAAUAAGCCAAAUUAAAAACAAAAACUCUUAAUAAAAAAACUUACACAUUUUGAGAAAAAAAAUACAAAUCAAAUCAAUUAUUCUAAAAAUAUUAUUGAAAGAAAAAAAUCAAGAAUAAAUACAAAACUAAAUUCAAUAAAAAAAAUACAAAAUAAUAUUGAUGUGUAGUAAAUAAGUUUAUAACUUAAUAAAGAAGGAAAAAAAGGUAAACAAUUAUAAAUAAAGCACUAUAAUAUCAAAGGUCAAAGGUCACUGCUAAAAAAUUAAUAAAAAUUAUAUUUAAAACCCAGUUGAGAAAACCUACUUUGGGAAUCAGUAAUUAUAAAUGAAAAUUUUUUAUUUCUAAACAGGGGCUGAAUUACCACUUCCGAUAUCGAAUAAAAUUUAUCGUAAUUUUCUUAUUUGAGAUAUCGAGCAAGAAAUUUAUUACAUUUUAUUAUAAUUUCGAUAUCCAAAUUAUUUUUCGUUCGAUCACGAUUGCGUUGAUUUAGCUCCAGAUUUUUUUUUAUAAAAAUUUCCUUUCAUAUUCAUAUUUAAAUUUUCUAUGAAAUUUUGUUUAAACAAACAUUAAAAUAAAAUAAAAAUUUCAUUUUGAAUAACAGCUUUUACAAAUAAUUGUAAAGCAUUUCCCAAUACUGUAACUAACUAUUAUUUAAACGUUAGAUUAAAUAACUGAAGUUUAUUUCCUUUUAGAAAUUGUAUAACUAAAGCUUAAACUUUCGUUUAAAUAAAUUGAUACUGCUCUGCUUAAUAUAAUUCAAAUGACCUUUGACCUUUUUGUGUAUUUUCUUUUCUUUUUAAAUUCUUAAAACUAAAUUGAAACUAUAUGGAGACCAUUAUUAUAAAAUUUGGCUUAAAAGCAUAAAUAUUUAUAUAUAUAUAUAGAAUUAUAUAAUAAAAACAAACAAUUUAAACAAUAAACAAAUAUGUUUUGUUAGUUGUAUGUACUUGAAACUUUUUAAAAACAAAAAACAACCAACCUUACUAUUUUUGUAUUUUAGUUGAUAAAAAAAACAAAACAACAUUAAAAAAAAACAAAAAACAAAUUAAAAAAAAAACAUUAAAAAUCAUCACCAUAAAGUAAAUAAAUAAUAAUAAAAAAAAACUAAAAAUAACACAAAAAAACCGCGCAAAAACACCAAAAA